AUGGCAAAGGACGUUGAAGCCGUUUCCGGAGAUGGGUUUCAGACAAGAGACUAUCAAGAUCCUCCACCGGCACCGCUGUUUGAUCCGGCGGAGCUGACGAAGUGGUCUUUUUACAGAGCAGUCAUCGCCGAGUUCGUAGCCACUCUUCUCUUCUUAUACAUCACCGUUUUGACAGUCAUCGGUUACAAGAUUCAGUCGGACACUACUGCCGGCGGCGUCGAUUGCGGCGGCGUUGGAAUCCUCGGUAUCGCUUGGGCCUUCGGUGGCAUGAUCUUUAUUCUUGUCUACUGCACCGCCGGUAUCUCUGGUGGUCACAUCAACCCGGCGGUGACAUUUGGGCUACUCUUGGCCCGUAAAGUGUCGUUGGUUAGAGCCAUAUUGUACAUGGUGGCUCAAUGUUUAGGUGCGAUUUGUGGAGUUGGGUUCGUCAAAGCUUUCCAAAGCUCUUACUACGUCCGUUACGGUGGAGGAGCAAACUCUCUAGCCGAUGGCUACAGCAUAGGUACCGGCCUCGCUGCAGAGAUCAUCGGUACUUUCGUUCUUGUCUACACCGUCUUCUCCGCCACCGACCCUAAACGUAGCGCCAGAGACUCCCACGUUCCCGUGUUGGCGCCACUUCCGAUUGGAUUUGCGGUGUUUAUGGUACACUUGGCUACCAUUCCGAUCACCGGAACCGGAAUUAACCCGGCAAGGAGUUUCGGAGCAGCCGUUAUCUUCAACGAGAGCAAGCCAUGGAAUGACCACUGGAUAUUUUGGGUGGGACCAUUCAUUGGAGCUGCGAUUGCUGCAUUUUACCACCAAUUUGUUCUGAGAGCUUCAGGUUCCAAGUCACUCGGAUCUUUCAGAAGUGCUGCCAACGUCUAA